GAGCCUUGGUUCAUCGCGAUGGACGCGAGGGCGCGCGCUCUGUCGCGUGUUAGUUGCUCAGCUGUUUUGAAGAAUCGGCGCAGCUCGACGGUGCUCGGUCCGUAACGCGGUGUCGAAUCGCUGCAUUCACGUCCAAACGCAAACAGAUGUGGAGUAGUGGCUGUCCAAAAUUUUUGACGUAUCUCGUUUCAGGACUUACCGUACAGCGGCGAGCAAACUUUUUCUAGUGGAUUCGCGCAGCACCAGCGAACGCGGGUGUCGCAGGUGAUCGUGUGUCAGAGGUUAGAGAGAUCAAACGAAAAAAAAAAAAAAAUAAAAUAAAGAGAUCGCCAUGAGCGAGCUAAGCCAAGAGGAAGUAAGAAGAAGACGCAUGGCCCGUUUGGCUGGCUUGGACAGCUUCAGCUCGACCAUCAACACGAAUCACAACAAUGACCCAGUCUCACCGAACACGCCGGGCCCGUCGAAGACGUUCACAGAGCAGAUCAUAUCGCCGCUGAAGCAGCAGCAAUUUCAAAAUCCCGAGGUGCCGAUGGAGAUAGAGGAGAGCAAUAACAAGCAAUGCAGCAGUUCCGACAGCAGAGUCGACAUAGACUCGGGAUUUGAGAACAUGGAGGUGGAGGAGUGCGACAGAAAAGAACUGAAGCCGAGAUCACGUACAACGAGCUCCAGCACGGAGAUAACCACAGAGCAGAUACACGCAGUCAUAUCGCGCGUGCUGUGCAUAUCGUGGAAAGAGCACGCAGAGGGUUGUAUAUUCUUACCACAGAUGGCAGCGUAUAUGUCAUCAACGAAGCUCAUCGACGCCACAGAGAUAAUAAACCAAGCGUUGAUGGAGGUUCUGUGCAUGUUCAUGAGGGACGAGGACCCGUUGAAGGAGAUCAACGCGGACAGCAGCUCCUCGGACAGGGAAGACAGUCCGAACAGUCAGACGAGCCCGUUCCAGAGUCCUGUCACGACGUUCUGCCGCUGCGAUAUUUGUUGUAAAUCGUCGCAACCGAAGAGUCUGAUUUAUUUGUUGGACUGUUACUCGAGGGUCGCGACCGAAGAACGAAAUCACCCAAAGAAAUCAAGUACACCGCCACUGUGUGACGUGAUAGCUGUUCUAAGGGCGCAGUGUGUUCAGUAUUCCAGUCUUGUGCUGCAAGGCCUAGUUGGUAUAUCCCAGUCUUCGACCACGUACCCGUUGUCCAUGACACCGCUUCUCUAUCCAGUGCUUUCGCAAAGUUUACCCCGCGGUUACUUGCACGAACUCGUGGCGAGGACGCACACGAAUGUUGCAGUGUGCAACAAGAUUUUCACGCCGCUGUUACAAGGGCUGUACCUGUCGAUGCAACAGGCCAGCCUGAUCAGAAAUACGCAUCGAAGACCGAUCGAGGCGCUGGAGGAGUUGAUAGAGAUCUGCUGCGGGCCGAGCAGCAACGCACGGCCGCUCUGUCGUCUGAUCGUCCAUCAAGUUCAGUUUUUACCUGACAUCAUGACGUCGGCGGCUGGUAAAGAGAUCACAACGACCUCUCUUCUUGGGCCGUUCCUCUCGGUCUCAGUGUUCGCCGAGGAUCAACUGGACAUGGCCGAAACGUUCCUCAGUGGCAAUCUGUUCGUCGACAAGUCGAUAACACUGACGUUGCAGCAAGAGUUGGAGAGCAUCAGAACAUCGCUGCACAAGAUAUUUCACGCGAUACUCGCGAGCAGCAACUGCCGUGAAGCCAUGCUCUCCUACCUGGCGACGUUGUUGCGUUACAAUGAGAAACGCGCACAGAUACAAACGGAAGAGUUCUCCCUCGCCGGGGACGGUUUCAUGUUGAAUCUGUUGUCGGUGUUGCAAAAGCUUUCCGUGAAGAUCAAGCUGGACACGGUAGACCCGCUGUAUCCGUUUCACCCGGCGAGUUUCAUCGACAUAAAGAACGACACGAGGCUGAAACUCACGUGCCAAGAAGUCGCCGAUUGGCUGAAACAUUUAGAGAGGACGCACAAGUGGGUCGAGCCAAAGUUUCCGACACAAUGUUGGUUCCUUACUCUACAUUGUCACCAUAUAGCGUUGUUACCGGCUUUACAGAAAUACCAGAGAAAGCUGAGGACAUUGCGCGACGUGCAAAAAAUGCUCGACGAUCUGCAAGCUACUGAGUCGCAAUGGAAAGACAGUCCUUUCGCCAGCCGUAACAAAGAGCUGAUAGAACGUUGUAAGGAACAGUUGAAACAUCUCGGCAAGUCCAAAGUGUACACCGACGCUGGACUAAUCGACCCCCUUCUGCUCAGAAGAUGCCUGCAUUUUUACAUUUCCGUGGCGGAGAUUCUGCUCAGUUUGUUGACGCAAACCUCGCCAGGCAACCCCAUUCCUGAACUGCCUUUGCCCCAAGAGGUUCCACAAAAGUUCACAGCAUUGCCAGAAUGGUACGUCGAAGACAUCGCGGAAUUUGUACUGUUCACUCUUCAAUUUUGCCCUAGUGUGAUAGUAAAUAAUAUGGAUAAUUCGCUCGUUACAUGGUUACUUGUAGUAGUAUGUACGCCACAUUGUAUACGAAAUCCGUAUUUAAUAGCAAAAAUUAUCGAAGUAUUGUUUGUGAUAAAUCCAAACGUUCAGGGACGGACCGAAUCGCUCCAUGAUCAAGUAAUGGCGCAUCCCAUAUCGAAAACGUUGCUGGCGUCGUAUCUGAUGAAAUUUUACACGGACGUCGAGACGACCGGCUCCAGUUCCGAGUUCUACGACAAAUUCUCGAUCCGUUAUCACAUUAGUCUAAUACUGAAGUCCAUGUGGGACAGCCCGGUGCACCGGAAGUCGAUCAUCGACGAGAGCAACAACGGCAACCAGUUCGUGAAAUUCAUCAACAUGCUGAUGAACGACACCACGUUCUUGCUCGAUGAGAGCCUGGAGUCGUUGAAGCGUAUCCACGAGAUUCAGGAGUUAAUGUCUGAUCUGAAAGCGUGGUCCGCGCUGUCACGCGAGCAGCAACACUCGCGGAUGAAACAGUUGGCCGCGGACGAGAGACAGGCCAGAUCCUAUCUCACUCUGGCCAAGGAGACUGUCGCUAUGUUCCAAUAUUUGACGGACGACAUCACGGAGCCGUUUCUACGGCCGGAGUUGGUCGGACGAUUGUGUGCCAUGUUGAACUUCAAUCUGCAACAAUUGUGCGGACCUAAGUGUAAAAACUUGAAGGUGAGGAUACCGCAGAAAUACGGAUGGGAACCGAGAGCUUUACUUAGUCAAUUGGUCGACAUAUACUUGCAUCUUGAUUGCGAGGUCUUUGCUGCUGCUUUGGCUGCCGAUGAACGUUCGUUCUGCAUGGAAUUAUUUAUUGACGCCGCAAACAAGCUAGAGAGAUCGGUAAUCAAGUCCAUCAUAGAGAUUGAGAGAUUCGUAGCGCUCGCGGAACGUGCCGCGGACAUAGCGAGGGACAACCGUGCACGCGACGCGGAUUAUGGCGACGCGCCGGAAGAAUUCCGUGAUCCGCUCAUGGACACGCUCAUGGAAGAGCCUGUUAAGCUCCCCUCUGGUAUUGUUAUGGACAAAGCAGUUAUUAUUAGACAUCUUCUUAAUAGCGCUACGGAUCCUUUCAGUCGACAACCCCUCAGCGAAGAUAUGCUUACGCCAAUGCCCGAUUUGGAGAAAAGAAUAUCAAUGUGGAAACAACAAAAGAAAAAAUCGACAAAGAUAUAAAUUGUGAUCCUAUGCAAUAAUCAUUUUAAGGAAACAUCACGACACCGUGUAGUCAACGUCACCUACACGGUACAUUGUACCAGCCCAUAGAUGUAUCACUCUGUGGUAAUUGAAUACAGUGCAAUGAUCUCGCUAAACGUGCAAAUAUUGCACUCAAUAAAUUUACAGUUUUAAUACAUUAAAACGUUAAACAGACUGCAGCUAGGUAAUCGCCUGCACAUUAUUCUUAAAAAAGGAAAAGGAAAAAAAAAAAGAAA